UGCUGUUGUUGGGAACAUCGCGUAAUUUGUAGUCGAUAUCAUCAGGAAAAUCACUAUAAUGGCAGCAUCCAGGGGAAGUCCGGUGAUUGACAAAGCCAAGAAAUAUGAUCGCCAAUUGAGAACCUGGGGAGACCAUGGACAAGAAGCAUUAGAAUCAGCUCAUGUGUGUCUUGUCAAUGCUACUGCUACUGGCACAGAAACCCUCAAGAAUCUUAUCUUACCAGGAAUUGGUUCUUUCACCAUUGUUGACGGUGGAAAGGUCAAAGGUGACGAUGUCGGUAACAAUUUUUUCUUUACGAAGGACAGUAUUGGGCAAUCAAGGGCUCAGGUAGCUUCAGAGCUGCUUCAAGAGUUGAACAGUGAUGUCAGAGGAGAUUUCGUAGAGGAGUCUGUUGAGCAACUUCUGGAAAGCAACCCCAGUUUCUUUGAUAACUUCAGUGCCGUCAUAGCGACUGCUUUACCAGAGAGGACUCUACUGGAUCUGGCUGCUGUAUUGUGGAGUAAUGAUAUUCCUCUGUUGGUAUGCCGUUGCUAUGGUUUCCUCGGCUACAUGAGAUUGGCCAUCAAAGAGCACACAGUUAUCGAGUCUCAUCCAGACAAUGCCCAUGAUGACCUGAGACUGGAUCGUCCAUUCUCUAGUUUCAAAGAGUUUGCCAGGUCCUUUGAUCUUGCUUCUAUGUCAAAACAGGACCACAUGCAUACGCCUUACCUCAUCCUUCUACACAACUACUUGGAGGAAUGGAGAAAAGAGCAUGACAGUGAGAUGCCUAAGAACUACAAAGAGAAAUCUGCCUUCAAGGAAAUGAUCAGGCGAGGGAUUCUGGUCAACGAACAUGGCGUGCCGGAGCUGGAAGAGAACUUUGAUGAAGCCAUCAAGGCUGUCAACGCUUCCCUGACAAAGACCAGGAUCCCAAGCCAAGUCCAGGAUAUCCUGACAGACCCAGCAUGUACUAGCCUAACGUCAGAGAGUUCAAAUUACUGGAUCUUAGCCCAGGCAGUCAAACAGUUCACUGAGAAUGAAGGAAAUGGAGCACUACCCCUACGAGGAUCUAUCCCUGAUAUGACGGCUGAUUCCAAGAGAUACAUACAGCUCCAAAAUGUGUAUUUGGAACAGGCAAGACAUGAUGUGUCACAGGUAUCCACACGUGUACAACAAAUAUUAGCUGCUCUAGGGAGGUCUCCAGAUAGUAUACAAGAGUCUGAGAUCCGUCUGUUUUGCAAGAAUUCAUCCUUCCUGCGUGUAGUGAGGUGCAGGGCAUUAGCGGAUGAGCAUAUACCAGAGAAGGUUAAUGUAGCUGAUAUAGCCAUGAAUCUUGAGAACCCAGACAGUGAGAUGUGUCUUUACGUGGCAUUGAGGGCAGUAGAUAAAUUCUAUAAUCAAUACAACCAAUAUCCUGGCUGGUAUGAUGAUCAGAUAGAAGAAGACUUUGGAAGAUUAAAGGCAUGUGCUAACAGUUUACUACAGGAAUGGAAUAUAAGUGCAACCAUCAAAGAAGACUUCAUUAGGGAAAUAUGUCGAUACGGUGCGGCUGAACUCCAUUCAGUUGCUGCAUUCAUCGGAGGUGUCGCUGCCCAAGAGGUCAUUAAGGUCAUUACGCGUCAAUUUGUGCCUUUCAAUAACACUUACAUAUACAAUGCAGUCAAUGGAGGAUCAGCUACUUAUCAGAUGUGAUUUACAUAGCAAUGACUGCAGACUGUGCGGAUAGCAGAGACUUUUGCCUUGAUUCUGGCCCUGACGACUUCCCAUUUGAGGCUUUACAGACUUAUACAUGUAUGUUGUAAAGCACACGUAGGGCUUUGCUGUGUUCAGACUGGCAUCCUUGAGAUGUCCGUACAGGUCUACUCUUUGAGAAAGCUGGGUACCUGUAAUGGGACAGAUGGCCCUAGUGGACAACUGCAAGGACAAAUAUGUACAUGUGCUUGUGACUCGAAGUACGGGCCUCGAUGACAUCAUGACAUCCUUGGAAAUGCAUCUCAUCUGAAAGGGAACUUCUGAGCAAAUGCAACUUUAAAGAUAACAUUAUUUGCUGGACGAGUUGCAAGGACAGAUCUUUUUAUAUUAAUUUGAAAUGAAAAUAACACCAUAAUACCAUAUCAUGAAUCCACAUUCAAGACUUGCAUAAGAUUUUUUUGAGUUGGGUAUAAACACAGGUGUUCCUGCGAUAUGCCCCUGAUCAAUCAAGAAUUAUCAAGGGAGCGUUUUAUGAAAGGUCUUGUCAGACGUUUUAUCUGAUAAAUUCUGUUUUAUCUGACAAUUACCAUAGGAACAGUGCUUCUCCUCCAAUCAACGUCAAGGAAAGUUGUCAUAUUUUACAACUUGUUGGAUAAAAAUGUUGUUGAAACCCUCCCCAGAAUAGAUAGAUCUGAAUGCAGAACCAUCAAUCAUUAUAAAAAAUCAAAUAUUACUCAAAAUUUUCUGACCUCUUUACAAAAUAACAAAUGCACCCUCAAUAGUUAUUAAUAUGAGCAUGAAUUGACAUGCAUACAUUGAAUACGCAAAUAUUGAAUUGGGCAGUGGUGAACUCGUGUGAAAGUUGCUUGUACAAAAUCUACUAUCUGAAUGUGCAUCCUUUACAUUUAUUUGCAAAUGUGCUGCACGAUGUAAUGUUCUACUUUUUCGAGGAAUUAUAAUAUCACUAUAUUCACUAAUUUCAUGUUAAAAUGUAUUCUGAACAACUGGAUUACUGAUUUUUACUUCUGAAGAUUGGCAUCUCUAUGUAUUGUAACUUUAAGUGGAGCUGCAGUGUUUAGAUGCCUCUCACCAAAACAAACAGAUAUGAUUUAUUAAAGGUAUGAGAUGAAUUGUUCAAUCUCUGACUUGGAUAAUUAUAGAUGCUUAUAAAUAUAUCUUCUAGCUGUUUUCAACUCAAAGGAAAAGUCCACCCAAUUGACAAGUUGAUAAGAGUGAAUAGAGAAAAUUCAACGGCUAUCAUGCUGAUAGUUUCAUCAAAUCUGAUGUAAAAUAAGAGUUACUGGCAUUUAAUAUUUAGAAUUUUGCUUAUUUUCAUUUUAAAAGGUUAUAGCAGUGUGUCCAAACUUUACGUGUGUCCACUUUUCAUGCAUGGUCAUUUUAAUAUUUCAAGAACUAUUCUGAAUCCAUAUCUUACAUCACCAACAUGAAAAAAGCAACCUAGAAUUACCCUGUAAAAUAAAUCUCUAUUCAAGGAGAUCAGUAUUUCUGUAUUAUUUUCAAAUUAUCGGCAAAUAUGUCACCUCUAGCAUUGUUACAAGAAAAAUCUGAAAUUUUCAACAAGCAGCAUGGAAAUCACGAACUUGCAAGCAGAUAUCAAAUUUGCGAGUAAAAUAAAAA